AUGGCUGCGGGGGGCUGCCCGCUGAUGUGGCGGCCCAGUGUGAUCAGGAUCAUGGAGACGGACUCCCUCGGCGCUUCCGCGGCGAGGCGUGCUGCUCGGCGGCGCGGUCGCGCGGCUCUUGAAGCAGCACUGCGGCCGCUGGUUGCGGCACGGGGCGCCCCGGGCUCGUGGGUGGAUCGCGAGCGUGCGUCGAGGCCGGCUUUGCAGAAGAUUGCAGCAGGGGAUCGUGUACCUGGUGUGAUGCGGCUCAGGCGGAACGCUGCCUGGCAUGCGCGCCGCGUGCCGCCUGGCGGGUUCACGGCGGCGUCCUCGGCGGCGCUGUCCUGGGCUGCGAUGCCGCGCGAGACGGAGUCCGACGAAGGCACCGUGCAGUGCGAGAGCGGGGACGUGGACUCGGAGUUGGCUGGGCGGCGCAUGGCUCAUCCUGUGCUGGGGGAGGCGAGCGUCGACGAGGCUGCCGUGGAGUUCGCGGAGCCGCAGGUCUCGCAGGCGCCGAUGCCAGGCGCAGAGGUGACUGACUCUAUGAUCAGCGGGAGCGAGAGCGUGGACGUGGACUCGGAGGUGGCUGCUCGUUGCGUGGCUCAUCCUGAGCCGUCGCGGAGCUCUGGCGCGGCGGUGGCGUGCAGCUACCCUUGCGAUGCACGGCGUAUGAAGUCGGCCGAGGGUGCGGUGCUGGAUGCCUCCUACGCGGCGCAGGGGGAGGCGCGCGGCGGCGCUGUCGCCGAGGAGUUCAUGGACGCGCAGGUCUCGCUGGCGCCGUGUGCAGGCGCUACGCUGGGCGACGGCGUCUCGGAGGCUGUCGCGGUGCCGAAGAGGAAGGCUCGCUGUCGGGAGCUGCUGGAGAAGGCCGAGCGGGACGGCACUUCCCCCUUCUCUCCCGAGGUGACGCUGCUCUACUUCGGCGUCUCCGAGGGCCUCGUCACGGUCGGGGGGUCCAGGGCUGGUGCGGGGAACGUCGCGUUCGGGCUGGUCUUCGUGCCGUCGCGGUGGGCCGUGGACCUGCACGACGUGGUGGCGGAGGUCCAGCGGGAGCUCGGGUGGCCCCGAGGCGCGCCGCUGCUGGGGGUGCUGACCAGCGGCGGGACGCUGUGCGUGGGCGCGGGCAUGCAGGACGUUGGGCAGCCCCCCGCGCAGGCCGUCCUCGUCGACGAGGCCUUCCUGGAGGAGGUCAGCCGGGAGAGCAUGCGCGUGCAGGACACGAUCGACCGGGAGCCUCUGCGGAGCAUCCAGGUGUACGGCGGCAAGCUCCGCGGCUCCGUGCUCGCGGGCCGCGCCCUGCUCGGCCGCGAGGCCACCGACGUCGGCUCGGGCCUGGUCUUCGGGGAGAGCGGCUCUGGGCUCGGCCUGACGAGGCGCGCGAUGGCCCUGCUCGACGCCUGCUACCCGGAGGCGGGCAAGGCGGGCCUGCUGUCGGCCUUCCCGGAGGCGGGGGGCUCGACGGGAGCCGUGUGUCUGGCCGGGGUUGGCGACGGGUCCCCGCGCUACGGGCGCUGCGCCGUGCUGUUGCUGGCGGGCGGCCUGGGCACGGCGAUCAACCUGUGCGGCGUGGCCCCCAUCGGGCCCGAGCUUGAGGUGUUCGACGCGGACGUGCAACGAGGCAUCAUCCGCACCGUCGGCGACCUGCCCCGCGGUGCGGCCGCCGUGGCCGCGCGCCCCGACGGGCGGCGGCCGUCGGUGCCGGCCGCGACGGCGCUGCGGCGCGUGGUGCUGGAGCACGGCGUGUCCGAGUCGCAGGUGUGGGUCGGCCUUCCGCGCGGCUCCACCCGCGACAGCGCGCAGCUGCGGGUCGCGCCGGGCGCGGGGGACUGGGCCCUGUUCCCCUGGGGAGUCGUGUCGGCCGAGGGCAGCCUGCUGCUGCAGGGCGGGAGCCCGCGGCUCGAGGGGGUCUGCAGCAAGGGCAUCGACAGGGUCCAGCUGUUCGUGGCGAAGGCCGACGAGGCCGCCCUGGGCCGACUGGCCGACGCCUACUCCCUCAAGCAGCUGUUCGCCGCGCAGGACACCGAGGCGGCCGCGGACCGGGCGCCCUUUGCGACGCUGUGCCUCCUGGGCGGGAGCGGGCCCUCCUCCAGCGUCCGGGACGAGCGGCUGUACGACGGCGUCGUCGCCGGCGAGGUGGUCCUGGGCUGCGCCGGGGCUUCGAUCCCCUUUGGGGACGACCAGGCCAGUGACGUGGCGAUGCGCCUGCACCGCCAGGCUGCGGGCAUGGUCAUGCUGUACAGCUCGCCGCCGCCAGCGCCGCUUCAGCCCAGCGCGCCGUGCACGGGCGCGCGGGCCUGA